AGGCGGAAGUAAAAAGGAGAGCUUCUGUGUAGUGUCUAAAAGAGAGAACAUCAAAAUGCUGAAAGAGUUGGUGAAGGAGCGACUGAUGGCGGCGGCUGAUGAGAUAUUCGCGCUGUUUGAACGAACGAUCGCUUCGUACGAGGAGGAACUUUGUCGAACAAGAGAGGCGAACGAGCGACGACGACUGGAAGCUGUUCGUACGACUCCAAUUGUGUUGGGCAUUGAAGACGUCCCGCAGCUGAUUGGUCGCCAGGAAGAACGUCCGCCCCAGGCGCAAGGGGGGACCACCACUUGGGAGCAAGAGGAAGAAGAUCCCCAGCCCCCCCACGUUAAAGAGGAAGUGGAGGAACUCUGGACCGCUCAGGCGGGACAGUGUCUUCUUGGGCCGGAGGAGGUUGAUCUGACCAAGUUGCCGCUGACUGGUCUUUCUGUGAAGACUGAAGACCAUGAAGACAAACCACAAGCUGACAACCUCUUAGCUCCACUAUCGGAGAGUGACCACACAAGGGCGCACUCUCCCGAGGACGAAGACAGGGACAACACCCAAGACCCUCUGAGCAGCGAUACAGACUGUGAAGGUGAUGUGAGGACUCACACAGACAACAAACAAUCUAAAUAUUCUAAAAAGAAGACGGGUAUGAAACGUUUGACCUGCUCAAUUUGUGCUGAAAUAUUUUCUAAAAUGGGCCAUUUGACUCGACACAUGCUGACACACACAGGUGAAAAACCUUUUUGUUGUUCAGUUUGUGGCAAAAUAUUGUCCAAAAAGUCAAAUAUGUUGUCACACAUGAGAACACACACGGGAGAAAGGCCGUUUAUUUGCUCAGUUUGUGGCGAGAGCUUUUCUGAAAAGAGUCAUUUGACACGCCACAUGCUGAGACACACUGGGGAGAAACCUUUUUGUUGUUCAGUUUGUGGUCAAAGAUUCUGUCAACAGUCACAUAUGGCGUCACACAUGAGGACACACACGGGAGAAAAACCUUUUAGUUGUUCAGCUUGUGGUCAAAGAUUCUCUCAAAAGUCAAAUAUGGUGUCACACAUGAGAACGCACACCGGAGAAAAACCUUUUAGUUGUUCAGCUUGUGGCGAAAGAUUCUCUAAAAAGUCCAACAUGGUAAAACACACGAGAACACACACUGGAGAAAAACCAUAUUCCUGUUCACUUUGUACUAAAACAUUCACUCGGCAGGACACUUUAACGGCACACAUGCGGACUCACAACGGAGAAAAGCCUUUUAGUUGCUCAGUGUGUGGUAAAGGAUUCUCUCGAAAGGUACGUAUGGAAUCACACAUGUGGACACACACAGGAGAAAAAGCUUUUAGUUGUUUAGUGUGUGGUGACCGAUUUUCUCGAAAGUCAAACAUGGUAUCACAUAUGAGAGCACACACAGGAUAAAAAAAAAAACCCAACAUGCUCCUGUUUGCUUUGUGCACACUUUGAUGGCACACGUGCUGACACACAAUUGAGAAUAAACGUUUCCGGUCCAGUUUGCGCUAAAAGAUGGUCAAAUCGUAGAAGUGGAAUGUGAAAAGUCACACUGAAAGUGAUGAUCUGCUGUGUGUGUGAGACCAGUUCCCCUCAUGAAUUUCAAGUCAGUGUGCUACAAAGAAGAGCAGCUUUAAAUCCAAUCCACGCUCAUUACUAUGGUUUUAUUUCUUAUUCUUGUAACUGUUGCUGCAUUCAUGAUAAUGAUUUCUGUUACUGUAA